UAUUCAAGAAAGCAAUCAACCUUUCUUCAAUAUUUCUUCUCCUUUUCUAUUUCUAUCAUGAUAUCAAAGCUAUAAGUUCUUGGUUCUUCUCUUUUAUCAUUACUGUUUAGAUUUUUGCGUUGGAUUUUUAAAUCCAUUCCAGAUCUGAAACUUUGUCAUCGAGAUCUCUUCUUCUACAGAUUGGAUUGUUUAUUCUUAGGCCUUUCUUGAUGUAUUUUGUUGAGUUGUUAUUUCAAUCUUGGCAUCUAUUUCUUAAUAUUUUUAGAGAUUUUUUUUCAAUAUUGUGAGUUUUACUGAUUCUAUGGCGCGUUUUGAAAAGACUGUAACUUAUCCUACUACUGUUAUGGUUGCCAAAGAAGUGAUAGACCAACCUAAUGUCAACCUUGAAUCCCUAAAAACACACGUAGAACCCAGAAAUUCUUUCCCCUUGCUGGAAAUCCGGAUCUGCUCUGUCCUUCCUCCCCUGUCCGCCGGUUGCUCCUGCUUUGUGGGGACCCGUGAGCUUCCCUGCAGCUUGCUGCCGGCCUUUUUCCCCCCUGUAGCUCCGGUUUCUACAGCUGGAGAAUUAUGGAAAUCCCGUGAAUUAGCUAGUGUUUGGCCAAUUUUUGGAAAGUGCAGUUACGAUUCACGUCAGGGUACUGUUCACGGUCCGAUAUUAAUUCUGAGGUGUUUUGAUUAUGUUCCCGAUCGUCCUGUCAGUUUAGUACAUGAAUUGAGUGCUCGGUUUUAUGCGAGUGAGGUAACCUGUUUUGUCUCCGAUAUGGUCAUGUUAUUCUGUUGCCUGCUAGUGGGAGUUAUAAACGCUAGCACAUGUCGACAUGUUACUGAUAGAACCGGAAGUGAAACCGAGGACGGGGAAACCACGGGAAGUGACGAGUUAGAAAGCUAGCCAUUUCGAGAUUGAUAUAGAUUCUAGAAAUCAUGAUCUUGUACAUUUGAUGAGCUCUAUAAUGCCUCACCAUAUGCUUCGAAUAGUUUUGUAGAAGAUGAUCUAUCUACUGGCAAUGUAUUAGAUAAUUUUGAGCUUUUUUUUUACUUCUUCCUCUGUAUCACCUGUUGAUGUUGCAUCUGAUAUUGUUGAGUCUACAAAUGAGCUUGUUGUCCCAUCCUCGAGUCAUCCUACUUGGGUAAGAAACCCUUCCAGCUACCUUCGUGAUUAUCAUUGUUUUUCUGCUAUUAUUGCUUUACAUGAGCCUCAAUCCUAUCAAGAGGCCUUUUAUAAUCGUCUUUGGCAAUAAUCUAUGUAAGAUGAA